AUGGGACUACCGCAUCAAGGUCAAAUGAAGUUUAAUGUCGACGGGGCAGCACGAGGAUGUCCGGGACCUGCAGGAAUUGGUGGUAUACUUACAAAUCACAAAGGAGAUGUCAGAGUCAUAUUUUCCAAAUCCAUAGGAGUAGCUGAUUCAAAUUUAGCUGAAUUGUUAGCUAUAAAGGAAGCUUUUAUUAUCUUCACAUCAUCAAGAUGGAGGAACGAUCAAAAGCUGGUGAUCGAAUGUGACUCUUCUAACGCUGUUAAAUGGAUAAAUCAAUCGCACACUGCACCUUGGAGAAUGCGAAAAUGGCUGAUCCAAAUAGAGAGGAUGAAGGAAAAACUUAUGGGAUGGGAUGUCAAGCAUGUGAGGAGAGAGGCGAAUCAAAGAGCGGAUUCACUUGCCAAUGAGGGAGUUCAACUGCAGAAUGACAUAUUGAGAGUCUAUGGGAAUGACACUGGAGAUCCAGCACAAGAAAACCUUGACUUAUGA